AUGACUUACGCCUUACCAUGGCGUUACUCUACCGCUGAGUUAAGGGGGCUUUUUUCUUUUAUUGGACUUCCUAAAUUAUCGACUAGGCGGAUAAGAUAUACCUAUGCUCGCUUUUCACUAAAGGGGAAAUUAAAAAUUAUGUUGGAUAGAAAUGAGGGAAUGUCUACAAUACCUGGAUUUAAUGAGAUCCAAUUUGAAGGAUUUUGUCGGUUCAUUGAUGAGGGCUUAAGAGAAGAGCUUUAUAAGUUUCCAAUAAUUGAAGAUACAGAUCAAGAAAUUGAAUUUCACUUAUUUGUGGAAAACUAUCAAUUAGUAGAACCAUUGAUAAACGAAAGAAAUGCUGUAUAUGAAUCACUCACCUAUUCCUCGGAAUUCUAUGUAUGCGCAGGAUUAAUUUGGAAAACAAAUAGGAAUAUGCGAAAGCAAACAAUUUUGAUUGGAACUAUUCCUUUAAUGAAUUCCCUCGGAACAUUUAUAGUAAAUGGAAUCUACAGAAUUGUGAUCAAUCAAAUAUUGCAAAGCCCCGGUAUCUAUUACCAGACAGAAUUAGACCAUAACGAGAAUUGGGUCUAUACGGGAACCAUAAUAUCAGAUUGGGGAGGAAGAAUCAAAUUAGAGAUUGAUAGAAAAGCCAGGAUAUGGGCUCGUGUGAGUAGGAAACAGAAAAUCUCUAUUCUAUUGUUAUUAUCAGCUAUGGGUUUGAAUCUACGAGAAAUUCUAGAAAAUGUUUGGUCACAAGAAAAUGCCAUUUUGGAAUUUUAUCAACAAUUUACUUGUGUAGGCGGAGAUCCUGUUUUUUCUGAAUCCUUAUGUACGGAAUUACAAAAGAAAUUCUUUCACCAAAAAUGUGAAUUAGGAAAGAUUGGUCGACUAAAUAUGAACCGCAGAUUGAAUCUUGAUAUACCCACUAACAAUACAUUUUUGUUACCCCGAGAUAUAUUGUCAGCGGCCGAUCUUUUGAUUGAAAUGAAAUUUGGAAUGGGUACACUUGACGAUAUGAAUCAUUUAAAAAAUAAACGUAUUCGUUCUGUAGCUGAUCUAUUACAAGAUCAAUUCGGGUUGGCCCUAAUUCGUUUAGGAGAGGUGGUUGAAGAAACUAUAUUUGAAGGAAUUUGUCCUAAAUGGAUCCCGACCCCUAAAAUUUUGGUAACUUCAGCUCCAUUAACAACCAUUUUUGAAUCUUUUUUCGGAUUACACCCAUUAUCUCAAGUUUUUGAUGGAACGAAUCCAUUGACACAAAUUUUUCAUGGGAGAAAAUUCAGUUAUUUGGGACCCGGAGGAUUGACAGCGAGAACUGCUAGUUUUUCGAUACGAGAUAUAAAUCCUAGUUACUAUGGGCGCAUUUGCCCAAUUGAUACAUCGGAAGGAAUCAAUGUUGGACUUAUUGGCUCCUUAGCACUUCAUGCCAAGAUUGGUCAUUGGGGGUCUUUAGAAAGCCCCUUUUAUAAAAUCUCUGAGGGAGCAAAAAAAGGACGGAUACUCUAUUUAUCGCCGAAUAGAGAUGAAUACUAUAUGGUAGCGGCAGGAAAUUCUUUGGCGCUGAAUCGUGGUAUUCAGGAAGAACAGGUUGUUCCCGCUCGAUAUCGUCAAGAAUUUCUGACUAUUGCAUGGGACCAGGUUCAUUUUCGAAGUAUUUUUCCCUUCCAAUAUUUUUCUAUAGGAGCUUCACUCAUUCCUUUUAUUGAGCAUAAUGAUGGGAAUCGGGCUUUAAUGAGUUCUAAUAUGCAACGCCAAGCAGUUGCGCUUUCUCGGUCCGAGAAGUGCAUUGUUGGAACUGGAUUGGAACGCCAAGUGGCUCUAGAUUCUGGGGUUCCUGCUAUAGCCAACCAAGAGGGAAAAAUUAUUUAUACGGAUAGUGACAAGAUCAUUUUAGUGGGCAAUGGGGAUACUAUAAAGAUUCCAUUAGUUAUCUAUCAACGUUCGAACAAAAAUACUUUUAUGCAUCAAAAAACCCAGGUUCAACGGGGUCAAUGCCUUAAAAAGGGGCAAGUUUUAGCAGACGGGGCUUCCAUAGUUGGUGGGGAACUUGCUUUGGGCAAAAACGUAUUAUUAGCUUAUAUGCCAUGGGAAGGUUACAAUUUUGAGGAUGCGGUCCUUAUUAGUGAGCGUCUGGUAUAUGAAGAUAUUUUUACUUCUUUUCACAUACAAAAAUAUGAAAUUCAGACUGAUGUCACAAGUGAACCCCCGGAAAGGAUCACUAAUGAAAUACCUCAUCUAGAAGCCCACUUACUCCGAAAUUUAGACAAAAAUGGAAUUGUCAUGCUGGGAUCUUGGGUAGAGACGGGCGAUAUUUUAGUAGGUAAAUUAACACCUCAAGAAGACUCCUGGGAUGCCCGGGUCGAUCGAUUAAUAGACGCCGUCUUUGGCAUGCAGGUAUCUACUUCAAAGGAAACUUGUCUAAAAUUACCUAGAGGGGGUAGAGGCCAAGUUGUUGAUGUGAGAUGGAUCCAGAAAAGGGCAGCUUCCGGUUAUAAUCCCGACUGUUCUAAUUCCGAAACAAUUCAUGUAUUUAUUUUGCAGAAACGUGAUAUCAAAGUAGGUGAUAAAGUAGCUGGAAGACAUGGAAAUAAAGGUAUCAUUUCAAAAAUUUUGCCUAGACACGAUAUGCCAUAUUUGCAAGAUGGAAGACCUGUUGAUAUGGUCUUCAACCCAUUAGGAGUACCUUCACGAAUGAAUGUAGGACAGAUAUUUGAAUGUUCGCUUGGGUUAGCGGGCGGUUUGCUAGAUAGACAUUAUCGAAUAGCACCUUUUGAUGAGAGAUAUGAACAAGAGGCCUCUAGAAAACUCGUGUUUUCUGAAUUAUACAAAGCCGGCAAAGAAACAGCCAAUCCAUGGGUAUUUGAACCCGAAUUUCCGGGAAAAAGUAAAUUAUUUGAUGGCAGAACAGGAGAUCCUUUUGAACAGCCUGUUCUAAUAGGAAAGCCUUAUAUCUUGAAAUUAAUUCAUCAAGUUGAUGAUAAAAUACACGCACGUUCCACUGGACCUUAUGCACUUGUUACUCAACAACCCCUUAGAGGAAGGUCCAAGAACGGGGGGCAACGGGUAGGAGAAAUGGAAGUUUGGGCUCUAGAAGGAUUUGGUGUUUCUCAUAUUUUACAAGAGAUGCUCACUUAUAAAUCUGAUCAUAUGAGAGCGCGCCAAGAAGUGAUUAGGACUAUAAUGAUUGGAGGAACAAUCCCCAAACCGGAGGAUGCUCCAGAAUCUUUUCGAUUGCUCGUUCGAGAACUACGAUCUUUGGCUCUGGAACUGAACCAUUUCCUUAUAUCUGAGAAGAACUUCCAGAUGAAUAGGAAGGAAGCUUAAUCGGAAUGAAUCAUAAUUUUUCUUCUAUCUAUGAUCGAUUUGUAUAAACAUCAACAACUCAGAAUUGGAUUAGUUUCGCCUCAACAAAUCCUUGCUUGGGCCAAAAAAAUUCUUCCUAAUGGAGAGAUUGUUGGAGAAGUCAAAAACUACUAUAGUUUGCAUUACCAAACCAAAAAACCUGAAAAAGAUGGAUUAUUUUGUGAAAGAAUUUUUGGACCUAUAAAAAGCGGAAUUUGCGCUUGUGGAAAUCCUCCCGAAAAAGAAGAUCAAAAAUUUUGUCAAGAAUGUGGAGUCGAAUUUGUUGAUUCUCGGAUACGAAGAUAUCAAAUGGGCUACAUCCAAUUGGCAUGCCCAGUAACUCAUGUGUGGUAUUUGAAACGGCGCCCUAGUUAUAUCGGGAAUCUUUUAGAUAUAACUCUUAAAGAAUUAGAAGGCAUAGUCUACGGCGAUUUGGCUUUUGCUAGACCCUUAACUAAAAAACCAACGUUCUUAUGCUUACGAGGUUCAGUCCAAUAUGAAGAAAUGCUAUCGUGGGACUCGUGGGAUUAUAGUAUUCCACUGUUUUUUACUACCCAAGGCUUCCAUACAUUUCGGAAUAGAGAAAUUGCUACAGGAGCCGGCGCUAUUCGCGAACAAUUAGCCGAUCUGGAUUUGCGAAUUAUUAUAGAUUUGUCAUCGCUAGAAUGGGAAGUAUUAGCGGAAGAAGGUCCUACGGGGGAUGAAUGGGAAGAUCAACAAAUUGGGAGAAGAAAGGAUUUUUUGGUUAAACGCAUGGCAUUAGCUAAACAUUUUAUUCGAACAAAUAUAGAACCCGAAUGGAUGAUUUUAUGUCUAUUACCAGUUCUUCCUCCCGAGCUCAGACCGAUGAUUCAGAUGGAUGGGGGUAAACUAAUGAGUUCCGAUAUUAAUGAACUCUAUAGACGAGUUAUCUUUCGGAAUAAUAAUCUUAAGACUCUAUUAACAAGUAGAUCUAGUCCAGGGGACUUAGUAAUGCGUCAGGAAUCUUUGGUACAAGAGGCCGUGGAUACACUUCUUGAUAAUGGCCUAGGCGGAGAACCCAUGAGGGACGGACAGAAUCAAGUUUACAAGUCGUUUUCAGAUAUAAUUGAAGGGAAAGAGGGAAGAUUUCGCGAGACUAUGCUUGGCAAACGAGUUGAUUAUUCGGCGCGGUCCGUCAUUGUUGUAAGUCCCUCGCUUUCAUUACAUCAAUGCGGAUUGCCUCGCGAAAUAGCAAUCGAGCUUUUCCAGACAUUUGUAAUUCGUGGUCUAAUUAGAAAACAUCUUGCUUCGAACACAGCCAUUGCUAAGAGUCAAAUUCGGGAAACAGAGCCCAAGCCCUUUGUAUGGGAAAUACUUGAGGAAGUUAUCCAGUGGCAUCCUGUAUUGCUGAAUAGGGCACCUACUCUGCAUAGAUUAGGUAUACAGGCAUUUCAACCCAUUUUAAUGGAAGGGCGUGCUAUUUGUUUACAUCCAUUAGUUUGUAAGGGAUUCAAUGCAGACUUUGAUGGGGAUCAAAUGGCCGUUCAUGUACCUUUAUCGUUGGAGGCGCAAACGGAGGCUUGUUUACUUAUGUUUGCUCCUAGGAAUCUCCGGUCUCCAGCUAUUGGAGAUCCCAUUUGUGUACCAACUCAAGAUAUGCUUAUGGGGCUCUAUGUGUUAACAAGGGGAAAUCGUCGAGGUAUUUAUGCAACUAGGUAUAAUCAUCCAUGGAAUCGAAGAAAUUCUCAAAAUGACAGAAUUGACGAGAAGAGUGAGAAGUAUACAAAAGAACCCUUUUUUAGUAAUUUUUAUGAUGCAAUUGGAGCUUAUUUGCAGAAAAAAAUCCAUUUCGAUAGUCCUUUAUGGCUCCGUUGGCAACUAGAUCAAGGCCUUAUUACUUCAAGAGAAACCCCCAUCGAAAUUCAUUAUGAAUCUUUGGGGACCUAUCAUGAGAUUUAUGAACACUAUCUAAUAGUACGAAGUAUAAAGAAAGAAAUUCUUUGUAUAUACAUUCGAACCACUGUUGGUCAUAUUUCUCUUUAUCGAGAAAUGGAAGAAGCUAUACAAAGCUUUGAUCAAGUUUGUCAAGCCUGCUCCGAUGGUUUUAAUCAUAGGGAUCUAAACUAA